UGUGCGGUGCCCCGCGUCCCGCGACCCGCCCGCCUGCCCGCGCUGCCGCCGCCGCCUCUCCACGCGGAAGACGCCGGCGAGGUGGUGACUGGAGCCCCGCGGAGAGCCCCGAGUGCCCAGCCUUGCCGCAGGAGCCACGGCCAACGUCACCCCGCUGCCAUCACCCCCUUGCCGUCACCUCGCUGCCACUGCAGGCGUGGAGCCAUGAGCCGUGUCCUGGGCUGCGCUGUCCCCCUGGGGCUGGUCUUGCUGGUCUGCGGGGCCCAGGGCUACUUCCUGCCCAACGUCACCCGCCUCGGGGAGCUGCUCAGCAGGUACCAGCGGGCCGAGCCGCACUCCCGGGUGCGCAGGGCCAUCCCCCGGGCGGACAAGGAGGAGAUCCUCAUGCUGCACAACAAGCUGCGCGGCCAGGUCUACCCUCCGGCCGCCAACAUGGAGUACAUGACCUGGGACGAGGAGCUGGAGAGGUCCGCGGCAGCCUGGGCCCAGGAGUGCGUCUGGGAGCACGGGCCCGCCAGCCUGCUGGUGUCCAUCGGGCAGAACCUGGCCGUCCACUGGGGCAGGUAUCGCUCUCCCGGCUUCCACGUGCAGUCCUGGUACGACGAGGUUAAGGACUACACCUACCCGUACCCCCACGAGUGCAACCCCUGGUGUCCGGAGAGGUGCUCGGGGGCCAUGUGCACGCACUACACGCAGAUAGUUUGGGCCACCACCAACAAAGUCGGCUGUGCCGUGAACACCUGCCAGAGGAUGAACGUCUGGGGAGACAUCUGGGAGAACGCGGUCUACCUCGUCUGCAACUACUCUCCAAAGGGGAACUGGAUCGGAGAGGCCCCCUACAGAAACGGCCGGCCCUGCUCCCAGUGCCCGCCCAGCUACGGAGGCGGCUGCAGGAGCAACCUGUGUUACCGAGAAGAGACCGACCGCCAGAAACCUGAGACGGACGAGAUGAACGAGGUGGAGGCGGCCCCUGCGCCCGAGGAAACACACGUCUGGGCCCAGCCGAGGGCGCCCAGACCCACCAAGCCCAAGAAAACCUCGGCGGUCAGCUACAUGACCCAAGUCGUCAGAUGUGAAACCAAGAUGAAGGACAAGUGCAAAGGGUCCACCUGCAACAGGUACUGGUGCCCCGCGGGCUGCCUGAGCCACAAGGCUAAGAUCUUUGGGACUCUGUUUUACGAAAGUGCCUCCAGCAUAUGCCGGGCCGCCAUUCACCACGGGGUCCUCGACGACCAAGGGGGCCUGGUGGACAUCACCAGGAACGGGAAGGUCCCCUUCUUCGUGAAAUCUGAGAGAAACGGCGUGGAGUCUUUGAGCAAAUACAAACCUUCCAGCUCAUUCAUGGUAUCAAAAGUGAAAGUGCAGGACUUGGACUGCUACACCACCGUCGCUCAGCUCUGCCCGUUUGAAAAGCCGGCGGCCCACUGCCCGAGAGUCCGUUGCCCGGCGCGCUGUAGAGACGAGCCUUCCUACUGGGCGCCCGUGUUUGGAACCAACAUCUAUGCGGAUACGUCAAGCAUCUGUAAGGCCGCCCUGCACGCCGGCGUCAUCGGGGACGAGAGCGGGGGCUUUGUGGACGUGAUGCCCGUGGAUAAGAAAAAGACCUACGUGGGCUCGCUGCGGAACGGAGUUCAGUCUGAAAGCCUGGAGAGUCCUCGGGACGGAAAGGCCUUCCGGAUCUUUGCCGUCAGGCAGUGACUUGGCAGCACCAGGGGAGAAGGGGUGUCUUCAACAGUGCUUUGGGGUUUUGCUUUUUAUUUUUAUUUUUUUAUUGGGGGGAGGGGUAUAUGGAAAGUCAGGAAACUUCCUUCAAAUGGCAUUCGGCGUCCACCCCUCUGUGGCCUUCGGGCGAGUGAGGGUGACGUCUCAUCCCUUCCCCGGGGAGGCCGGACCACUGGCGUCCAGUCCUGGCGAGGCCCGGGGGUCUCCCUCUGGGUGCCCUCUCUCCUUUAGGGAUCUGGCCCAUGUCUUGAAGGGGACAGUCACCAAGAUGAUCCUUGCCAGGUGUUCCUUUGUGGGUGGAGGGAGAGGGUUCCAACCCCCUCCCCAGGCUUUCAGGGCUAUGGGGAGGGGGCGUGUCGACCAAGUGCAGGCUGAGUUUCAGGAAUGGAGUAGAAGGUAGUUAUUUAAAAAUUUUCAAAAAAACACAGUCCAUCCCUAUCAAUGGAGAAAAAUGGGGUUCAUGUUUGCUGGUCAGACAAAUGGGCUAGACGAGAGACCCCGGCUCUGCCCUGGCACGUGUCCUCGCUGGUGUCCUGCCGCAGGUCCCAUUUCAGUGGCCACACGCGGGUCGGUCGUAUAUACAGCAGUGCUGGUUUAUUUAGAGUUCAGCAGAAACUCCAGAGAUUUAUCUUGUCUUUGUCGUCCUCUCCGUCCACGUCGCCCAGCUGUUUCCUGCCGUGACCUUUGGUCCCGUUGAGGACUGAUGAAUGCGGAUCCUCUCUUUACCCCCUACCCAUUGCGGCUCCCGCCCCACCCAGAAUAGUGCGUGCGUCCUAGUUCACACCCGGGACUUUGCUUUGCGAGUGGUUCGGUUUGCAGCCCACUUUUUCUUAGCUCCUAGUCUCCUAAGGUUCCUGUGAUGUGUCGGAGAACAGCCAGAGAAGGGCUGCUUUGCUGCUGCUGUUCAACACGACAAUUAAAUGUGCCGAUUCCCCAUGUGUCGGCUGACCUAUUUUUCAGCAGUGGGAGGAACAGAUUCCUCGGCACAUUCCUCCCAGAGGUUAGCGGCCCCGUCUGUGGUUAUGAAACCGUCCCGCGGCGUAGUAGCGGCAGCGAGAGACGGCAAUGCGCUGGAAGGGCUGCUUUUCCUGUUUGUGUGCAGCGGCUCCCCAGGCCUCCCAGCCCCGAGGAGAGCGGCGCGCUCUGGCUCCCACCACACUGCAAGAGUUCUUCCUAAGCCCAGACCAAAAGCCCGCAGGGACAUGAAAUACCCUUUUGUAAAUAGCAUUUCUUUGCAGAAGGUGAAGGUUCCGCCCUCCACCACCAGACUAGCCAAUAUAUCACUUUUCUGAACACUGGUUUCCAACUUGAUUUUGUUCUGAUCAAAAUAUGUCUUAGGCAGAAGAACUAGCAGAAAGCAAAAAACUCAGAUACUGUACCUGGGUACCCAGGAGGCACUUUCUUGCUUUGAUUGCCUCCUUAAUGCGGAAUCUGACGAUAAACAGCUUGUUUUUAAAUCCCCUUUAGGGAGUCUGUAAAAAGUGAUUAAACUCUUCGCUUGGCUGAGCUAAAAUUAGCAGGGCUGUCUGCUCUGUGCAUUGCUCGCAGUAAUUCACUGAUCCUGACCGUCCAGCCCCCAGCAGCAGAAGGGGAGGCUGGGGUCAGCCUGUCAGUAGGGUUCUCGAUAGCACCAGACAUCCGGAAACUGCCGGAUGCGAGGUGUCGUGCUGCCGGACUUCUGUGGCCGUGGCUGUGUCCAGACUGCAGGUGAACGACAGCCCCUCGUGGGGCUUUCAGGAUUAGUGAACAGCGCAGGGCACUUGCAGCGAGCUUGCUUCUGAAGCAUCCCGCCCGCGGGAAAAGCAAACCUUCCAGUGUGAGUCAAUCUUGUCAUCUGAAAAUACAGUUCCCAGGGUCCCCGGCGCCCCCUUACCCAGGCCCCCGGAGCAGGGUAGGCAGGGCUCGCCUGGGGCAGGACCUAGCUGUCUUUUUCAUCCGGUGAACAUUUUGAAACUGGAACCAUUUUUCUUUAGAAACUGAAAACAAGAGUACAAAUUUCAAGGGAUACAGACAAGGGUUACAGAACAUCCCUUGGACACAAAAUAUUCCUUGCCAUCAGGGACCGCCUCUCAUGUCACAUGUGUGACGGGCCCUCGCACUGUGGGCGUCCGACCCGGGUUUGGAGAGAUGACCGGUCCACCAAGCCACCAGCCUCCCUGGGUCUCGUGCCCCCACGGUGCACAGUUCUGGCUUCUCUCAGAGUUUUGCCCUGUCGUGUUCUGACGUGUGUGCUGCAGGCUCUCCCGGCCCGCAGUUUACGUGUGUGCUUUUUUCUAUGAAAAAUGAUGUAUUUUGCUACUUCCUGUGUACAGACGUUUAUUGUGAAUGUCUUUUGUGCUUCGCGUGAGCAAGGGCCACAUUGUUGCAAUCGUUUCAAUAAAACUGGUUUGAUUUCUAAAAUGUUUCUGUAACGUAUCUUUUAUGGACGAUUCUGAACAAUUUGUGAAAUAAAACAUUUGACACUGUCA